AUGUCUUUACUUCCAGGCGACCGAGAAGCAUCCGAGUCACAAAAGACUCAAGACAACAGAUUGAAACUUGUACACAGAGGCACGUUUGUGGCGCAGUGA